GAGCUCCCCCCGAGCCCCUGUAGUUUUUUAAGACCAAGGAGGUACUUCAGCCUCAGUGGCAGAGAGCAGCGGAGGGACCGCAGGAAGCACAGAGGAAGAUGAGCGUGGCCAAAUUGGACUUUCUGUGCAUAUUGGAGUGGUGUUGAGAAAGAGAAAAGAGGUAGAAGAAGAAAAAAGGGAGUCAAGCUUGGCAUCAUUUGAGUUAUUCAGCUCGGCUCGAAAAAGUCUGCCUGGACUCACAAACCACACAGGGCCUCUCGACACUGUCAACAACUGCAGCGUGGAUGGUCUGCGAGACCAGUCCAGAAGUGCUAGGAUUUAUCCCUGUUGACACUGGACUCUGUUAUACUCCUGGCUCCAUGCAGCAUUACACGUCAAUUGUACCCAGCAUUAAGAAGUAGGGCUGAAACAAUGGGCCUGCACAAUGGAGAAUGACAUUGACUUCUACAAACACUUUGCUUGGCUUAAAAAGGUAAACCACCAGUCUUCAGACAACAGUGAGUCCUACCAGGAGCGUUUAUCACGUCUGGAGGGAGACAAAGAAUCUCUCAUUCUGCAGGUUGGUGUGCUGACAAACAAGGUAGAGGCUCAGGAAGUAAAAAUCAGCGACCUGCAGAGUUCAGUGGUGAAGCAUCGAUUCAAACUCAAUGCCACAGAGGAGAUGCUGCAACAGGAACUAGUGCAAAGGACGUCACUGGAGAAACAGAAGCUGAGUCUCAUGGGGGAAGUGUCCUACCUGAAACUGAAGCUGGCAGACAUGGAGGAGAAACCAGGCCAAGAUACAGAGAGGCAGCACAAAGCAGAGACUUUGCUGAGGGAGCUCAAGAGUCUCAAGGACAAGGUGGAACGCCUGGAAGAUGAGAAGAUAGAGUGUGAGAAAAGACUGAAAGCCACCAAGGUGGAGAUCAGCGGCCUUCAACAGCGUCUCCUCAGUAAGGACGAGGAGAUUGAGAGCUUGCACACUCAGCUGCUGGCGAGACCACCACUCUCCACUGAGAGCUCUGAGAGAGACGAGGAGCUGCAAAGGCUUAAGAGUGACAUUAAAUCCUUGGAAGCGGCUCAUGAUGAAAAGGACCGGCGGCUUGAAGAGCUCACUUUGCUCUUAAACCAGUGCAGGCAAUUCAGAGAUCUACCGCACAACACCAGGCAAGCUCCACCUGCUGGUCGUUCACUGUUAAACGGAAGGACACAUUCCAGCAGCAGUGAGGAAGAGGAGCAGGGCCAGAGAAGGAAUGCUGACUCAGCCAGUGCAAAGUCUGAAGAUGUCAAGUCUGAUAUUUCCACAACCAGCGCUUUCUUUUAUCAAACAUCACCUGCCUCUCAGAAGGACAAUGACUGCAGACAGGAGACACACGCAUCAUCAAGUAGCAUGAAUGAUUUACCAGACGGCCAGAAACAGAAGAGAGACAGCAGGAGUCCUAUGCUGCCGGCUCGUUCGUCUCCCACUGACAGCAGCACUGAGCGGUCGCCAGAUGACAGUGAAGAUGGAGACUUCAGCCAAAUGAAGUCGGAGAAAGUGAACAACGGCACUGGGACAAAUUCACCACCAGGCCAGAGGACCGUGGGCUCGCCAGACUAUAUUAAGACUAACCGGAGCCUCAGGAGGCUGUGGGGGAAACUUCGAAGAACACAUUCUGGAGGAACACAAGCAUCGGACUCAGAUGCUGGACCUUUCACAAGAGGGGGUUUCCGUGCCACAGCAGGAGCCAGACUGACUCGCACCCCUGAGUCUCAAAACUCUGUAUGUGACAUAAAUCUGCCAUUCAGCCAGUGGGGUAGGGAUCAAGUGUGCAGCUGGUUGGAGGACUAUGGACUGGGCCAGUAUGUCAACCUGACUAGGCAGUGGGUUGAAAGUGGACAGACACUAAUUGCUGCCACGCCUCAGGAUCUUGAGAAGGAGAUGGGAAUGAAGCAUCCUCUGCACAGGAAGAAACUGCAGUUGGCGUUGAGGGCAUUUACCAAUAAAGUAUCGGAGAAGUCAGCAGCCCUGGACCACAUCUGGGUUACCCGAUGGCUGGAUGAUAUUGGCUUGCCUCAGUAUAAAGACCAGUUCCAUGAAGCUCGUGUAGACGGCCGCAUGAUACAAUACAUUACUGUGAAUGACCUCUUGAGCCUAAAGGUGACCAGUCAGCUUCAUCAUCUUAGCAUUAAAUGUGCCAUCCACGUCCUCCACGCUAACAAGUUCAACCCCCACUGCCUACGCCGCAGACCAGGGGAAGAGAAGCAGCCUUCUCCCUCAGAGGUGGUGCAGUGGUCAAACCACCGUGUGAUGGAGUGGCUUCGAGCUGUUGAUCUUGCAGAGUAUGCACCUAACCUUCGGGGUAGUGGUGUCCAUGGUGGACUGAUUAUCCUGGAGCCUCGCUUCAGCCCAGAGACGUUGGCCCUGCUGCUAAAUAUUCCUCCACAGAAGACUUUGCUACGACGCCACCUGGCCAUGGCGUUCGCUACUCUGGUGGGGGCUCAGGCCACGCAGGAGAAGAGAGAGUACGGCAAUGCUACAGGCCACAUGCCCCUCACUACCACAGCUAAAGUGAAGCCCAAGAAACUCGGCUUCACCCAGUUCAGCCACCUCAGGAAAAGGAAACCUGACGAAUCAGCAGACUACAUCUGCCCAAUAGAGGGAGGAGCUCUCAGCUUCAAAGGAGUUUCUCGUCUGCCCUCCGCAGCUCUCCGGGACAUCAGCCCCAACUUGGACAGACAGCCCAAAAAGCAGGAGCAGAGUGAGGGAAACACGUGGCUGACCCCCACUAACAGCCACUAAAAAUGAAGACAUGCGCUCUAAAAGAGCUUUUUGAUGAUGAUCUGGAAUCCAAAAAUUGUAUUUAUGACUUCCAUCGUUUUUGAAGGAGUGAUGAAAGUGUGAAUUGUUAAAGGGGCUGUUUGCAAACUUUACGCCGCUGCCUAGAGGGCGCUAACUUUCUAAAGUGUUGUAAGCAUUACAGUAUAUCCUGCCCUUGUAGACUUCAAGCAUGUAAACCAUACUUGCCAACCUUGAGACCUCCAAUAUUGGGAGGUGGGGGCCGUAGUUUACAUUGUAAACUACGGCCCACAUAAUUUGCGUCGAUGCUUUUAUGUACACUAUGUGCAUGCGCUGCACAUAGUGAUGUAUUUUGAAACGAUUUAACUUUGAGCAGGUUGCAGGCAGCCCCUUUAAGUGAAAGCUGCUCUUUGCAUUCCUUUUGCAGUUAUUCCAAGGCUUUCCUUUUGCCUCUUUGUAGGAGUGCAUCUGUAGGAUCUACAGUAUAUCUACAGAGAUGAAAUGGUGCUCUUUUAUGAUACAGUAGCGGAUUCAACGCAACACUUUAACAUAAUGACAGUCACUUUUUUUUAAUCACAUUGUCACAUAAUCUUCAACUCAUAACUUUUUUAAUUUCACAGUUUCAAAGGUCUUGCCCAAAUCACAUAGAUAUCCUUACCUCAUGUACCUUCUUCAUAUAUUUACUGCUGUAAAUAAUAAAUUAUUGCAAUAAUGUUGCGUUGGUGCCCAAAGUGGGUGUUGCAGUUUUGCUUGAAUUUUUGUUGUUAAAUUCUGUGCAGCACACAAUUAUUCGGAUGCUUGCUGUUUACAUGCACAAGAAAUGAAAAAGCAAGGUCAGACGUAAAUGAUGUUGACGGUUGAUUGAUUGAUUGAUAUAAUUCGUUUGAUAGGGAUACAACGGGGGAUCAGAAGUUCUUUUACACGAAACUAAUCCAAGCAUGCCUUUAGUGUAC